AUGUCUUCAUCACACGCCAGCCUCAGCGCUGCCACAGACGACCGAAAAGCCAGACUCGCGAAGCUUAAGAACCUCAAGCGCAAGCAACCUGGAGAUGAAAUUGUUGCACCAGAAUCGUCAAGAGCCCAAUCCCCUCCCGUAGAGCCAGAUGUCUCACGACUCCAUGUCUCUGGCCGCAACUACGACCCUGAAACCAGAGGCCCCAAGCUUGGCUUUGAGCAGGAUCCAACCCUCAACCUUGACAAGCCAACGCUCGAAGAACAAGCUGCCGAAGUGGAAGCAGAGAUCAGGCAAAAGGCGGCAGAAGAAGCCCAAGACGACCAAGGUGUAGAUUUAUUCAAGCUACAGCCGAAGAAGCCAAACUGGGACUUGAAAAGGGAACUUGAUAGGAAAAUGGAGGUUCUCAACGUUCGAACCGACAACGCCAUUGCGCGCUUAGUCCGCGAUCGCAUCAUGGGCGCACAAAAGGCUGCCACAAAGAGAGACGCGGUCGUGGACGCUCAAGGCACUGGAGAAGCAACUGGCAUGGAUGGUGUGGCAUUGGUAGAAGGCUUGAGGGUCAGGGAGAAGGAGGAGGAGGAGGAAGAGCGUCGCGAAAGGGAAGAAGAUGCUGCGCUAGGUGUAUGA